CGCAUGAAUUCUUAUUCAAUGUCCCGUGCAUAGUCUCCACGACUCUCGCUAGUGUGGAGAGGGUGGCAACUUUUCCUGUUAAUUUCCAUCGUCAUUAUCGCGAGCAUCCGAAAUGUCUUUGAAUAAUGUUCCACAAUCAUGCAAAGCCUUUCAAUUAGAAAGAGGUGCCCAAAAAGGUGAAAGGAAUCAAGCCAUAUUACGUUCGAUCGAAAUUCCAAAAGAAAAAGAAGGAAUGGUUUUAGUUCAGAUGACUGCAGCAGGAUUCAAUAGGAGGGAUGAAUGGGCUAUGCAAGGUUUAUAUCCCGGUUUAACUUUUGGCGAUUCAACGAUUGGUUGUGAUGGCGUUGGAAAAGUCGUUCGCGGAAAGAUGGAGAAAGAUUCACGUUUACCAACUCAUCCGAAUGAUUUAGUCAUUUUGGUGCCUACACGCGGAUGGCAAAAAGAUCCUCUUGGUCCCGAACCUGCUCUUGAAAAGACAAAGAAUGGUUUAGGCGGAAACGGUUUUGGCUUAUUGGGUUCUACGAAACCAACCAAUGGCGUUGGAACGUUUAUUGAAUAUUGUCAAAUCGAAAAGGAUAUGGUGGUAAACGUUCCGGCUCAUUUGAAUAGCCUUCAAGCAGCUUGUCUUCCGUGCGGAGGUGUGACUGCUUUUCGCGCUUUAUUCACCAAAGCAAAAAUUGAGAAAGGUCAAUCCAUUUUGAUCACUGGAAUUGGAGGAGGUGUUGCUAUCCUUGCUCUUCAAUUUGCCGUUGCAAGAGGUGCAAAUGUUUUCGUUACAGGUGGAACGCAAGAAAAAGUGAAUCGAGCCAUCGAAUUGGGCGCAAAGGGUGGCGUACUUUAUCGUGAAAAAGAUUGGCCAAAACGAUUAGCAAAGAUGGUCAAAGAUGAAAUGGUUGAAAGGCCAUAUUUAGACGCUGUGAUUGAUAGUGCGGGAGGUGAAGUACCAGCUCAAGCAGCUAUAGCAGGUUUAAAGAAUGGCGGAAAGAUUGUUUGUUAUGGUAUGACUGCUUCUCCAAAGAUGACGAUCACAAUGCGUGAAGUUUUGCGAAAUGUUGACGUGAUGGGUUCAACGAUGGGAAGUGCGGAAGAGUUUAAGGAAAUGAUUCAUUUUAUUGAUCAAAAUAAGAUCGUGCCUGUGAUCGAUACCGUUUUAGAUGGUUUGCAAGAGGCGAAGUCAGGUUUCGCGCUUUUACAAGAUGCCGAUAAACGUAGCGGAGGAAAAGUUGUCAUUAAAAUUGCUCAAGAUACAAAAGAACGUCAAAGUAGAAUGUAAAGAAGUGUAACUCUUCUUCUUGUCCCAUUCAUAUGUCGUUCAAUCGAUUAUAUUAUAUGAUAAUGUUUUUACUUGUCGUGCUUUUAAAGUCAAGAUCUCUUUCAUAGCGCAGCGCAUGGCGCGCUAAAGGCGUCAAGGAUAAGAAGGGCCCUAUCUUAAUGUACACUUUAAGUGUAUAUUCAUUAUCUUAUAAUUUUGAGUGGGGU